AUGCAGAACGACAAGGCGAUCGCUUAUGCUUCUUGCCAGCUAAAGAAACACGACGAGAAUUACCCGACUAAUAACCUAGAGUUGGCAACUGUGGUCUUCGCCCUAAAGAUAUGGAGGCAUUACCUCUACGGAGAGAAUUUUCAGUUAUUCUAUGACCACAAGAGUCUGAAAUAUAUAUUCACGCAGAAGAAUUUGAAUAUGCGCCAGUGUCGGUGGAUAGAGACACUUAAGGACUUCCACUUUCAUAUCUCAUACCACCUUGGCAAGGCGAACUCAGUGGCCGAUGCUCUAAGUCGGAAGAAGAAGCAUGAGCUGGUAGCCACUCUAAUGAUCAACGAAUGGGAGAUGAUGGAGUUUGUCCAGGACUUCAACAUCCAGCUUACGCUCGAUGAGCCAGAUGCGUACAUAGCUCUUUUGAUUGCGGGGCCCACCCUAGUUCGACAAGUAAUCGCUGCCCAGGACCAAGAUGUGUGGCUUGUUAAGAUGAAAGAGAGGUGUAAGGUCGAGGAAAUGCCCGAUCGAAGGGUUGGUAGCAACGGCGGUCUUCGAUAUCAAGGGCAAGAAGAGAUGGGCACAGAGCUCAAGUUCAGCACAGCAUUCCACCCUCAGACGGACGGACAGACUAAGAGGGGCAAUUGGGACGAUCACUUAGCUCUGGCAGAAUUUGCAUACAACAACAGCUUCUAG